UGGCCGUCGGCCAUCUUGUUUUCUCGCACGUUUCAUCUUUCUUUAUUGUAUUUUGCUCGAAAACGCGUACGCAAAUCAGUCGAGACACUUGGAAUUCGUACAGAAUGCUUCUCCAAUGAAUGGUAUGGUUUUAUGAAACCUUAAAAUGUCCAGCUCUGCAUCCGGACAGACACAAAAAUCCUAUGGGAUUACUUCCCCGAUAUCCUUGGCGGGACCCAAGCCCGGGGACAUAACACUUACUAAGGCACUUGAAGAAUCUCUCAAACCUUAUGGAGUCUUUGAGUCUGAGGAAGAGCUUCAACACAGGAUAGUUGUCCUUGGAAAACUUAACACUUUGGUUAAACAAUGGAUCAUUGAUACUAGUCUAGCCAAGAACAUGCCAGAAUCUGUAGCUAAUUCAGUUGGAGGAAAGAUCUUCACCUUUGGUUCAUACAGACUUGGUGUUCACACAAAAGGUGCUGAUAUUGACACCCUCCUUGUUGCUCCUCGUCAUAUUGACCGAUCUGACUUCUUUGGGACAUUUUAUGAGAUUCUCAAAAAUAAUGAGGAUGUGAAAGAACUAAGGGCUGUUGAAAAUGCCUUUGUUCCAGUCAUCAAAUUGGUGUUUUGUAACAUAGAGAUGGACCUGUUGUUUGCCCGACUAGCACUGCCUGAGGUGCCAGAUGAUCUAAGUCUACUGGAUGAGAGCCUACUGAAAAACUUGGAUCCCAAGUGUGUCAGAAGUUUAAAUGGUUGUCGUGUCACAGAUGAAAUCCUACACUUAGUUCCCAAUAUAGAAAACUUUCGGCUUACUUUAAGAGCAGUGAAACUGUGGGCAAAAAACCGUGGAAUUUACUCCAAUGUAUUAGGUUUUCUUGGUGGUGUGUCUUGGGCUAUGUUAGUCGCUCGCACAUGUCAGUUGUAUCCAAAUGCUGUGGCAGCAACACUUCUUCAAAAAUUCUUUCUUGUGUUUUCAAAAUGGGACUGGCCAAAUCCAGUUUUGUUAAAGAAUAUCACUCAGCCUGCUGAAAAACUAGGCUUAAAUUUUCCUGUUUGGGAUCCAAGGUACAAUCCAGCUGAUCGAUAUCACCUUAUGCCUAUCAUAACUCCAGCUUUUCCACAGCAGAAUUCCACUUUUAAUGUCUCAAUGUCAACACGAUCCAUCAUGAAUGAAGAAUUUGAAAUCGGCCUUGCAAUCACAAGUGAUGUUUUAAUUGGCAAGUCAACAUGGGAUGCAUUGUUUCAACCACCCAACUUCUUUAGCAAAUACAAACAUUAUAUUGUGUUAAGUGCCAUAUCCAACUCUGAAGAGGAUCACUUAGAAUGGAUUGGCUUAGUAGAGUCCAAGGUCAGAAUACUUGUGUCAAACCUGGAAAAUACCCAGUUUGUGACACUUGCUCAUGUGAAGCCCAAAUCAUUUGCCCCACUGGAACCAGACAAAGCGUCUCCCACCAACAGGUGGUUUAUAGGAUUACAGUUUGAAAAAAAGGAAAAUGUAAAUGUAGAUUUGACAGGAGCAAUUCAGAUGUUUACAAAUACUGUCCACACCCAGGCAGUGACAGCCAAAAUGUUCAAAGAGGGUAUGAGAAUAGAGGCUAUACACGUCAAAAAGAAGCAACUCAGUAAAUAUUUACCACCAAGUGUGCUUAAACAGAAGAAAAAAAGCUCCAUAGUACAACCAGGUUCAGCGACUUCUGGGGGGAAGUCAGCUAAAGGUGACGUGUCUCUAGAUUCGACACUUAAUGCCAGUGAUGCGAGUUUGGAGAUCACUUCAGAGCCCAGCAAUGAUAGUGUGGAGUUGACGGGAAGCAGUGAAAACAGCGAAGAAGCAAGUGUAGCCACGGUCAGUAGCUCAGACGACAAAAAGGUGAACCCAGACUCCACGGUUUCCUCUGUCUCCACUGUUGGUGAAGUGACGUCAUCAGAUACAACUUCUGUCACUAGUCAGCCAUCGGCGGCUUCACCAGACAAGCCUGCUGGUUUAAAGCGUGCUGGAUCUCCUUCAGAAGACGAAAAGGGCAGCAAGAAACGACGAGUGGAUGAUGCCGAAAUCACGACGACCAGUUCCGUGAAUUCACUCAACGGCAAUGACGGGAGGAAACGGCCAAAUUCUAACCUUAUCGACGGUGAAAGUCCACAUGAGAAGAAGAAAGAUGGUGCGGAUCUUGACAGCGUGAGUUAAUGUAGUUGGCCAGACAAUAAACA